CUAAUAACGCGCGUUUCGCACCUCAGGUGGAUGUUGCCGUCGUUACAGUAAGGGUCGGAUUGCGAGGUUGACUCCAAUUAACAUAGACCAAAGAAUCCGACGAGGAACUUCGGGAUCCCGAUAAACGGAGCUUGGGAGCCUGCAGUCCCAUCCACACAACCCAGGGGCCGGGAGCCCCGGCCCCGGCAAGACAGGGGUUCACCGACUAGCCCGGGGAGUCAUGACCCACAUGGCCUUGCCAUACGUGAAGACCCACUGACGAAGCGUCAGGAGCAGGGAUCUCAGCCGACAUCGCUGGGAGUCUGACUGUGGUUGCCCGGCUGACAUAGCCGGUAGCCCCACUGACAGAGGCCGGGCGCCCGACUGACAGAACCCGGGAACCCGAGAGCCCGACUGACAGAACCCAGGAAGCCGGGAACCCGACUGACGAAACCCGGGAAGCCGAGGGCCCGACUGACGAAAUCCGGGAAGCCGGGAAUCCGUGAGACGAAGCCCGGGAAGCCGGGAGCCCAACUGACGGAGUCCGGGAAGCCGGCAACCCGACUGGCUGAGCCGGGAAGCCGGAAGCCCCGCAGACGGAGCUGAGAGCCCCGCGGACGGAGCCCGGGGAGCCCGGGCCCCCAGGACGGUCACGAUGAGAUGAAGAAACAAAACGUACGCACCCUCUCCCUGAUCGUCUGCACGCUGACGUACCUGCUGGUGGGCGCGGCCGUUUUUGACGCUCUCGAGUCGGAGAAUGAGAGCCGGACACUCUACCUUCUGAGAAAUAUGAGCUCCAUGAUCCGAAGUAAAUACAACAUCACCAACGACGACUACAGCACAAUGGAGACUGUCGUUACGAAAUCGGUGCCGUUCAAAGCCGGCAACCAGUGGAAGUUCGCCGGGGCCUUUUACUACGCCAUCACUGUGCUAACCACCAUCGGGUACGGCCACUCGACGCCGCGCACGGUCGGCGGCAAGGUCUUCACCAUGUGCUACGCGCUGGUCGGCAUCCCGCUGGGCCUGGUGAUGUUCCAGAGCAUCGGCGACCGCGUCAACCGCGCCAGCUCCAUUGUCAUCCGCUGCGUGAAGCGGCUGCUCAAGUGUCCCUCGCAGGAGGCGUCCGAACUGAACCUCAUCUGCGCCGUGUUCACGCUCAGCGUGCUCGUGAUCACGGGCGGCGCGGCCGCCUUCAGCCGCGAGGAGGGCUGGACCUACUUCGACUCGGUGUACUACUGCUUCAUCACGCUCACCACCAUCGGCUUCGGCGACAUGGUGUCGCUGCAGCAGGACAACGCGCUCAACACGCGCCCCGACUAUGUGGCGUUCGCGCUCGUGUUCAUUCUGUUCGGGCUGGCGAUCGUAGCCGCUAGCCUGAACCUGCUCGUGCUGCGCUUCGUCACCAUGAACACGGAGGACGAGAAGCGAGACGAAGCCGAGGCACUGCAGGCGGCGCAGGAGACGGUUCGGUUAGAGGGUGACGUCAUCACGGCCAACGGGUCGGUCAUUUUCUCGCCGGAUCACCGCUCAUCGCAGAGUGACGUCACCAGCGUGUGCAGCUGCCGCUGUCAGCUCUGCUGUCCGAUGCUCGGCCGACCCAAGAACAGGUACACGGUGAAGCGGCGCCCGGGCCGCAUCUCGCACCUGCUGCCGCACAGUAUCGCCCUGGAGACGCUCAGCCACACGCAGACGGCCGAGGAGAUCCUGGCCGACUCGGAGGGCGACGCCCACAGCCUCGGCAAGCGCGUCUCGGUGUAG